UGCCCCUUCAUCUUCCUCAAAAGGAGCCCUCCUAUUUCUGUCUCUUUUUUUGCUUCCUCGUCACUCUAUAGCUCCCUUGAUUUCUUUUCUGGGUUUCUUUGGAAUUUUACAGUACUGGGUCUGAAUGGUUUUGGUGUGAAAAAAAUCAAUGGGUGUACUACUGCUGCUUCUUUUGGUGGUUUCUGCUGUUUCUGCCGAUGAAGAUGCUUUCAUUGGUGUGAACAUAGGCACAGAUCUCUCUGACAUGCCAAGCCCAACUCAAGUUGUAGCCCUUCUAAAGGCUCAGCAAAUUCGGCAUGUCAGGCUCUAUGAUUCUGACCGAGCCAUGCUACUUGCACUUGCCAAUACUGGAAUCCGCGUGACUGUAUCUGUUCCCAAUGACCAACUACUAGGCAUUGGCCAGUCCAAUGCCACUGCAGCCAACUGGGUAUCUCACAAUGUUUUGGCGCAUGUCCCUGUGACCAACAUCACAGCCAUAGCUGUUGGAUCUGAAGUGCUUACCACCCUUCCAAAUGCUGCUCCAAUCUUAGUCUCCGCCAUGAAAUUCAUCUACUCUGCCCUUGUUGCUUCUAAUCUGGAUUCCCAAAUCAAAGUCUCCUCCCCACACUCCUCUUCCAUUCUCCUCGACUCAUUUCCCCCGUCCCAAGCCUUUUUUAACCGCUCCUGGGAUCCAGUCAUGGUUCCCUUGCUCAAAUUUUUACAGUCCACAGGGUCCUUUCUUAUGCUCAAUGCUUACCCCUAUUAUGAUUACAUGCAAUCAAAUGGUGUGAUCCCCUUGGACUAUGCUCUCUUUCGUCCUCUCCCUCCGAACAAGGAAGCUGUUGAUGCUAACACAUUACUGCAUUACACUAAUGUCUUUGAUGCGGUUGUUGAUGCAGCUUAUUUUGCAAUGUCCUAUCUAAACUUCACUAAUAUUCCCAUAAUAGUGACUGAAUCAGGAUGGCCAGGGAAAGGUGACUCCUCUGAGCCGGAUGCCACUCUCGAUAAUGCCAACACUUACAACAGUAACCUAAUCAGACAUGUUCUUAACAAAACGGGGACUCCCAAACACCCAGGGAUUGCGGUUAGUACUUACAUAUACGAACUUUAUAAUGAAGAUCUGAGACCUGGGUCAGUUUCGGAGAAGAACUGGGGGCUUUUUGAUGCCAAUGGGGUGCCAAUUUAUAUCCUCCACUUGACGGGUUCUGGGACUGUGUUGUCAAAUGACACCACGAACCAAACCUACUGUGUCGCAAAGGAAGGUGCUGACAGCAAGAUGCUGCAAGCAGCCUUGGAUUGGGCUUGUGGAUCUGGGAAAGUGGAUUGCUCUCCUUUGUUGCAGGGGAAACCAUGUUAUGAACCAGAUACUGUGGUUGCCCAUGCAACAUAUGCUUUCGAUGCAUAUUAUCACUGGAUGGCAAUGGCUGAUGGGACUUGUGAUUUCAAUGGGGUGGCGACUGUCACUACAACAGACCCAAGUCAUGGUCCUUGUAUAUAUCCAGGAAGUGGUGGGAGAAACACUACAUUCAUAAAUGGUACGUCGCUUGCUCCAUCAACAAAUUCUACAGCAUCUGGCUGCCAUUCACAAUAUUUUAAUGGCGGCCAUGCUUUUAUGGGAUCUGCAAUAGUUGGUGUUCUACUCUGGAGUGCAGUUUUCUUGUAAAAGGGUACGAAUCUCAAUUUGUGCAACUUUUUAACUACUCAUAUCCUUUGAAUUUUAGUCUUUUGCUUUCUGUAUAACCACCAACCACCAUGCCCGGUUUUGUUCCUCUGAGGAGGGUAAGGGGUGGCAACAGGUUGUUUGAACAUAUAGGCGGGUGGUAGUGAGGUGAGUGACCCAUUGAUUUGUACAAACAAGCCGAAGUGCUUAUUCGGAAUUAUUGGGGUAGUUAUCUUGUUUUUUUCUUUUUUUUCGGUUAUCUUGUUGGGUGUAGAGUCUGUUCUCUAAAGCGUGUAUUCUUUGAAUGAACUGGAUUUGCAAUGCCUAUGCAUAGUGUAAUCUUCAUUUGUCUCAGAUGUUCGCAAACUCUCUCUCUCUCUCUCAAAGGUCUAUUGGGAAAAGUGAUUUUCGA